AUGGGAUUUAGUGAUCUAUUGAAAAUGAAAAUGACUGAAGUGCCAGGGGCAUUAAGCCGUUAUGUUAUAGAUAAAUUUGAUCCGACAAAAAUGAAAAUUGUUCUCCGAGAGGGGGUUGAGAUCGAUGUGACAAGAGAAUCAGUGAAUCAAAUGCUAGGAUUUCCUUUGGGAAAAAAACAGUUUUCAAAACUUCCAUUUCGAAAAGAAAAUGAUAAAUGUUAUGAUGAAUGGACUGAACAAUUUGAAAACAAAAAAAUGAUCAGAUUGCAUGAGAUUAAAAUGAAUAUUCUCGCCUCGGACAAUGCGGAUAUGAACUUCCAGAUGAACUUCAUUGCUUUGUUGAUCAACUCUCUUAUAGAAUCAAGCUCAUGCGGAAAAGCAAACACAUAUCCCUUAAACUACAUCAUGAAGAAUACAAACAUAAGCAACAUUGACUGGUGA